AUGAGGAUUGUACUUCUUUCUACAGGGAAUGAUGAGGACUUUGCAAUAGUCCUCUUUGAGGUUGAAAACAUGUACUCUGUGGUAGAGACAACACAAACUAAAGAACCACACUGCGCGUACAACCAAACCAUAAAUGUGUUGUGGGGGAAAGGAAAAGAUGUGGAGUAUUUCCCAGCCAGACUUAUCUUAUGUGGUUUGUAGGCUUAUCAUGCAAUAUUGUGCACAUACAAAAAUAUGUUACUACAUGUUUUACUGCUGUAUGACUGUUUAAAUAAGAGCCUUUUGGAAAUAGAUUUCUAUUAAUCUAGGGAGUCAAACAAGCAUACCAUGAGGUAGCUCCAAGGAGCCAUUAAUUUUUUAUAAGAAAGACAAAGGAAAGUUGGAUGUGCCAUUUUAUUAUUGUCUAUUAGAUUUUGCAUUUGCAGUUUCUUCCUUGGAAAUGUUAUGGAACAUAUUACUUAUUGUCAUCGUCAGGGAGUAAGGAUGAUUGUGAGAAAGAAGUGCUAGACCUCUCCUUCACAAGUGAGAGUACAUCUACUGCAGGAUGUUCAAGUAAUGAA